UAUGUAUAACGUGGCCGUGCACAAGACCUGAUGUAGUAGCUUCCCAACAUGCGGGGCCUACUUCAGGAUGGCGACCAUUCGGACGUCGGCAAGGUUGUUGGAAUUGCCCUCGGCGUUGCUGGUGGCGUCUUAGUGUUAACAGGGAUCAUAUGGUUCGUCAUCCGGCGCUACGGAAGCCUCGGUGGCAGCCUUGCCGGAAUUCCUCCGGAGCGCAAGAUGUUGGUAUUUACGGACCUAAGCCGGUUGCCCGACGCCGCCCAGCGACCCAUAAACCGACCAACCAGCCCUCGGCGCCCCCCCUCAGCUCGCAUCCCCGCUCUUCCAGCCACAGCAUCCUCGCCUCCAACAGCUGCACCCCCGCUUAAGAUCGUAGCCACCGCGGCCUCCUCCUCCUCAGCCAUGGUCUCCGCAGCAGCAGCCUCCGAUCCAUCGACCCCCACCUCGCCCUCCCGCCUUACCUCUGCCGGCCGCCAGCUGCCGCCGCUGACUGCAGGCGGCACGCCCAUGCCGGCGUUGGCACUAACCCUAGGAGGCCUGGACUCCGAACCCCCGCCCCCCGCCCCCGGCUCCAUCGCCUCCCCUCGGGGCAACGGCCGAGCCUUCUCGAGCACCCUGGACCUACCACCGCGGAUCAGCAACACCGGCGCUGCCGGCGCCAGCGGCUUAGGCCCCGACGGCAGGCCCAGCGGAGUUUUGGAUUGGCAGCGGCUGGGGCCGACGACGCUGACCGCCGCCAGUGUCGGCGUCGGCGGCGAUCGGCCGUCGCCGCCGACGUCCCUGGCGGCGGCGGCAGCAGCGCCGACGCUACGUGUGUCCGCGUCUGGUCUGGCGGCGGCGGGUUUGUCGCCGCGACUGUCGUCAGCGGGCUCAGCGGCACAGUUCCCGCCAGCGCGCCUUUCCGCGCCGGGUCUGCCGCCUCCACCCUCGCCGCCGCGUAUCUCCGUAGCUCACCUGGCAUCUGUGUCGCCAGCGCCGCGAAUGUCCGCCACCGGCGGUACCUCCGUACCUCCCUCGCCGCUGCGCACCUCCACGACGCUGGCGCCGCCGGCGUUGCCAUCUGCACGCACCUCGGCAUCUGGGGUACCCCGUACGGCACCCGGCACCUCCACCGGCACCACCACCGCCGCUGCAUGGAUCGACGCGAGCUCAGCGCUAACACCGGCUCCGAGACCCAAACUGCUCACCGCGGAUGGCACUUCGCCGCUACUGCCAUUUGGGUCGCUGUCGGGGGCAGACGGGGAGCAGGUUUGCACUGCAGUCGGUGGCGGAGGAGGCGGAGGAGGUGUCGGAGCUGCGGUCCGUGCAACUGGCGUCAUGCAAUCCCUAGCCUUUGCCCGUACGAGUGCACCGAGUGCGGCCAAAGCAACGGUAACUCCCGCAACGGUAACGGCAACGGCGGCGGCGGCGAUUCCGCAGUCGCGGCCGCGUCGCGGCAGUGACGGCAUCAGCCUAGGCGGCGGUAUGGGCUCCGGCGGUGGCCCGCGCUCCUACCUCACCGGCGAGGGUGGGGGCGGCGGGGCGGCGGAGGGGGCACCAGAGCCGGUGUUGGGUGUUGCAGCUGGCGGGCAUGCGAGGGGCCCGCCGCCGUCACCCCAGCAGCAGCAGCAUCAGCGUCCUGGGAGUGGAGGGGCGCGGUCGCCACGUACGUUGUACGGCGGUGCUGGUCGCGGCAGCUACACGGGUUUGGCAGACGAGGUCCCCGGCUCUCCCUUCAGUGGCGCUGGAAGCUCUCCCCACCACUCCCUGCCUCACCUCCCCUUGGUAACCUCCCCCACAGAUGACUCCCCGCACCCCGCCGCGGCCUCUUCCUCCCCUGCUGCGGCUGCUGCGGGCACGGGUGCCUGGUCUCCACACCUGCUGCUGCGGCCCCCGCAGUCCCUCCUGGCCUUGCGACAACAGCAGCAGCAGCAGCAGGAGGCAGUGCGGCAGCAGCCACAGCAGCCACAGCAGCAGCCGUCGAAAGGCCUUGCCUCACCACUGACGAUGAGGACGAUCGUGGGAGUAACCCCCGCGUCCGCGACGACGUCUGCUGCGGCGGCAACAACUACAGCAGCAACAGCGGCUGGUGGUGGUGGUGCCGGUACGUCUUUACCUUACGGUACGGGCAUUGAGAUUGUGCCCAUUUCACCGCCCUUGCACGGCAGGGCCGCAGAGGCCGCCGCUGCCGCCGCCGCAGCAGUGACAUCAAGCAGCAGCGCAAAGCGGCUGGCAGCGCUGUCGCUGCUACAGGGAGGGGGUGGGGGGCCGCAUGAGGCGAUAGAAGAGGUGGAGGCGGUGGAGGCUGCUGACCCACUGCUGGCGGAAGCCACCAUCAGUGGCGGCAUUUAGCAGCUGGGGGCAGUACCGGCAUGUGCCCCCGGCGUGGAGGGGCAGCGCAACGCUGGCGGCAUGCAGGGGGGUUGCUGGUGGCAGGAGGCAUGCGGGGGGGGGGGUUGCUGGUGGCAGGGUUGCUAAGCACGCAAGGCACGUUGGGUUGCUGUUUUUUUACCGGUAACCUACCGUAACAUGAUGCAAGGUGGCAGCGGUGGCGGCGUCUUUUGCUAUGAGUUGUAUUGUGCAGAGGGCGUUGAUUCAUGCACGGCACUGCACCUUAUAAACCUUUCCUGGAUCUGGAUCCGGAUCUGGAGCAGGCGCACGCUGCGACACUUGCGUGCGUGCGGCAUGUGUGCAUGGGGUCCAGCCCGGCUUUGGGGUACCCCCCUGGUAGCUGGCUAGGGGCUAAGUUGGUGUAAUUUAGGAAUAUAGCACAGUGGCCCGGCAUGGCCCUUUCUUUGGAGUGCUGCGACAUGUUUACGUGUUGGAAUCGUUCCCAGGCGCAUGUAAAAAGCAUGACGGUGUGGUAUUCUUAUUGAAGUCGCCUCAUUUGUUCCUUCACAUCGUAUGCGCUCUUAAUUAGUUUCGCCGGUCAGGGGUUGGUGACUGUCAUUGAACUCUUGGUAUCUGUUUUGGAAGGUGGCUGUGCGGCUCAAAGGCGCCAUGUGAGUGUACGAUACACUGUGUGGAAACCCCUUUCUUGCCAUUCGUGCUGGCGGUGUUGCUGUCGUUAUGCGGCGGAGGGAGACCCCAUGCGUGGUAAACCUGUAGACCUUGUCAACGGCCUUGUGGUGUUGCGGUUGUGCGCCGGCAAUGCAAAUGGGGGACGACCGAGUUAUCCAGACCAUGUUUGCCGUACAUGACAUGUUUUGUACUAUGGGACUCUUACGUGCGGGUGCUUACGCUGUGCUGGUUUGCGGUUGAGCUUACUUCCGUUCGCUGAAAUGCGCUUUGCGGGGUCUUGCCAAUAUGACUGAGGGGAAGGUUGUUAUAAGCGUCUGGAGAUAAGGAGGGAGAUGGCAGGCACAAUGCUGGCGCGUGAGAGCAGCCUUGCAUUGGGGACUGUUGUGUAUGCUGCAGUGCCUGGGGGCGCCAGCGCAUGCGCCGAGGUCUAAUAAAUCGCGGUCCAUCGACAACGGGGCGCAACUGUUAUCUGGAUCUUCUUGGUUGCGCGUCGCUGGGCUGUUGGGGGCCUAGUCGCAUGCGGGAUGGGUGAGCUUGCAC